AACUCCUCUCCAUCUCUCUCUAGAUUCUCACAAGCACACAAAGGAGAGGAGGAAAGAGGGAGAAAUAGUGGUGGAGAGGAGAGAGAGUGGAGAAGAAAAGAAAUGAGAAAUAAGCAAUUCAAGAAAGAGAAUGAGUAAUGCAUUCCCACCUUCUUAUAUUCAUAACUGCAAAAUCACUAACACCUCAUCCUCUCCCCCUUCUCUUCUUCUCCCACACUCAUUGCCUUCUCACAAUUCUCUUGUUUUCCAGGCUGCAAGGCUAUUAGGCCCUCCAGCAAGGUUUGAAGCAUCAAAGCUGAAAGUUGUGUUUGUGGGAGAACAAGUGACCAACCAAAUUAAAGUGGUGCCAAGAAUCUACACCCUCUCCCAUUGUGACUUCACCGCCGAUCUCACUCUAACCGUGUCAAACACAAUCCCCCGCGAUCAAUUGAAAGGCUGGUAUAGUAAAGACGACGUCGUUGCUGAAUGGACUAAUGUCAAUGGGGCACUGUUCCUCAACAUUCACUGCUAUGUCAGUGGACCAAGCCCUUUAUCAGCCAUGGCUGCAGAGUUUAGGUACCUAAUAUUCUCCAAGGAAUUGCCAUUGGUUCUUGAGGCCGUCUUGUAUGGAGAUGCGGAGUUUUUCAGAGAGCAUCGACAACUGAUGGAUGCUUUAGUGAGAGUGUAUUUCCAUUCUAGCUCCAACAAGUAUAACCGUAUGGAGUGUUGGGGGCCGUUGAAGGACGCUGCUCUGGGGAAAGGAGUAGAUAUGAUAAAUGGCUACUCAUACGCAAGCAAAGAAACGUCGCGUGCUCACAAGUUCUGGGGGAGCCCAAAAUCGAUCAUUCUAGCUCUCGCCACCUUCCUUCUAUGAGAAGAAGACGAAGCUACGGGGUGAUGAUGGAGGCGAUGAGGUUUCACAACAUACUAAGUUCAUAUCAACAGGGAUUGUUUUCAAAGGUCAUUUGAUUCUUUUGUAUGUAACUUAUUCAGACGAUUUCUUGACUGCCAAUUCUUGAUCAAAGAAGAUUAUUUCAUCUUUUUGAACCCAAAAA